AGCCACACCCUCCCUUUCACCAUCUUCUCUCCGCCUGGCACGCGGACAGCUGUGCGGGACCGUCUCGCUGUGCGUGCGUCUUGCCUGUCGUGCACCCGCAGCAUCAGCAACACAAAAGGGCCCAUAGCUACCGGGGUUUACCUCAGCGCGAAUCGGAGGGAAGAACCGCGUCCCAGACAAAGUCAAGUUGUGCAGUUUACGAUGGAAAUGGAUGCAACAGAAACUAACCAUGAUGUGCUUUUAGAGGUAACCGAACUCAGAGACACAGAGCAAAAACGACCGGGCAAAUUCCAGCCCUUCAGACGGCUGUUUGGGAAGAAGAAGAAGAAACGGGAAGUUAAAAGGAGCUUUGAUGGAACAGAGCUAAAAGCAAGUUAUUCAAUUGGAGAAGUGUGCAGCGGAGUCGUGUCUGACAAUGAGGAGUCUAAUAAAAAUCUGAGGGACCUAAAUCCCAUCGGAUCUCGAGCUCUGUCCUGCGACAGCAUCUUUACCCCCGAAGAGCCAUUGGAGGAACUCACCCUCGAUCACAGCAUGUCCCAGGAAAACGUGUCAGAUAAAGUUAGGAACCUCCAGAGGCAGAUAGCACAAGGUAUAAAGUUUGGCCAGAGGCCUCUGUCUCUUCGUAAAAGUGAGGAAGGUGAGGGAAGUUCCGAUGAGGAGGAGGUUCCCCGAAGCCCUCUGAAGGUUUUGGUCCAGGUAGAAACUGAGCCACCAAAAAUGGAACCAAAGGUCCAAGGAGCUCAAUCAUUUGGGCAGCACAGCCCGCCGGUGAAGUCUCCAAGGUCCAAACGGGUUCUCCCGCCAAUGGGAAUCAUUGAGUCUAUCAAUCUUGAUGCUGUCCCCCAGUCUGUUCCUCGCCUGGACAACACUGCUGCCAAGCAUAAACUCUCGAUCAAACCGAAAAACCAGAGGAUUUCCCGCAAACACAGACGGUUCACCCUGGACCUCCAGGAGGUGUCUGUUCCUGGGGACAUACAGGAGGACCUGGAGGCAGGCGGCGUGUUCUUAGACGACCAGCGCAGAGCAUCUCUGGAGUCAUCCAAAGAAAGCUUGAAGAAACAGAGACUUUAUGAAGAAGACAUACUGGAGGCCAGAAGCAGAAGGGAGAUGGAGGAACAAAGGCUCAGAGAAGAAGCUGAGCAGAGGAAGAUGAGGGCAGAGGAGCUGAGGCUGCGAGAACUGGAGGAAGAGAGGAGACAGCAAGAACAAGAGAGGAGGAUGAGAGAGGAGACAGAGAGGAGAGAGAAAGAGGAGGAGGAGCUGAGGAGAGUCAGAGAAGAGGAUGAAAAACUGAGGCGAGAAGAGGCUGAGAGACAGAGAAAGGAGGAAGAGGCUAGAAGGAUGGAAGAAGAGGAAGAAAGGAGGAGGCAAGAGGAGGCUGAGAGACAGAGAAAAGAGGAGGAGGCUAGAAGGAUGGAAGAGGAGCAAGAAAGGAGGAGGCAAGAGGAGGCUGAGAGACAGAGAAAAGAGGAGGCUAGAAGGAUGGAAGAGGAGCAAGAAAGGAGGAGGCAAGAGGAGGCUGAGAGACAGAGAAAAGAGGAGGAGGCUAGCAGGAUGGAAGAGGAGCAAGAAAGGAGGAGGCAAGAGGAGGCUGAGAAAAUAAAAAGAGAGGAGGAGGAAAGGAAGAUGCAUGAGGAAGCGGAGAGGAUGAGAAUAGAGGAGGAGAAAAGAAAGGUUAGGGAAGAGGAGAGGAGGAAAGAAGAAAAACAACAAAUUAAAAAGCUGGAAGAGGAAAGGAAAAAGCAAAAAGUGCAGCAUCAACAGCAAGUAGACAGGAGACAGCUAGAAGAGCAGAAGCAAAGGGAAGAAGAAGAAAGGAAGAGACUUGAAGAGGAAGAAAGGAGGAAGAGAGAGGAGGAGGUGGCAAAGGGGCAACAGGAACUUGAAGCAGAAAAGCGCAAAAAGCAAAAGGAGGAAGAAGAGGAAAGAAAGAAAAAGGAAGAACAGAAACUAAGGUUGAGAGAGAUGGAGCACAAGAAACUACUGGAAUUAGAGGAGCAGAAAAACAUAUUGACAGAAGAGGCUGCUGCGAGCUAUGAUGAACAGGUGAGGAAGCGAAGAGCGGAGGAGCAGCGUUGGAGGGAGAUGGAGGAACGACAAAGACCUUUCACCUUCAAGGUUUCCUCUGGAGAGAAACAAAUUCUCUUCCAGAAGGUCAACCUGACCCCUGUUACACCAGCCUCCAGCCACCAGAGCACAGCUGACGCUGAUCAAAGAGAAGGAGCUGUAGCCUCCUUACUGGAAGGACAAGACCCCCCUAACCUUCCAGCAUCACCAUAUGUCCCCCACACAGCUAUCCUGGUGACAGGCGCCCAGCUCUGUGGGACAGCUGUCAAUUUAGACCAGAUCAAAGACCCUGCAUGCAUGUCCCUGCUAGGUUUAGGAGAAGAAAGAAAGGCCCAAGGAACACCUUCUGCAAAGAGCAAAAGCUCACCGGACCGCAAGUCAGUGAAAUCUAAAUCGCUCAGUGAGUCUUCAUUCUCCACGGAUCAGUCCAGCUCAGCCGUGCUAGCAGAGUGGGCAAGCAUCCGCUCAAAGAUAUUUAAGGGAGUAGAGGAGGGGAAAUAUGACGAGUACCCAGACCCUCCAAGCAGAUUGCAGCUGGGUAGUGAAGAGCAGGCUCCCUUCUCACACACCAACUUGAGAAAAACAAUGUCCGCCAGUGCCAAGUUCUCCAUAACCCCUGCAAAGAAAAAGUUUGGCUCAAACAGAAACUCUGAGGUUUUAAGUGCAGAUAAGGUUGGAGAAGAAGAAAAGGUUCCAUCUGAUAGUCCCACAGCAGCCACUUGGUCUCCAUCUGGUAAACCUCAGAGCCUGACAAGCAAAACUGUCUGGGCUGUAGAGAGAGGUUCAGAGGAGUGCAUGUUUGCCAAAGACCUCCCGUCUUUCCUGGUUCCUAGCCCUGGGGACAGACCUGAGGGCUCCGAUGUAAAGAGUCGGCUUCAGUGCAAGACAGAAGAGGAUGAGGCAAAAGCGCAGGAUGGUGAAGAUAACCCAUCACCUUUUGGAAUUAAGCUGAGAAGGACUAACUACUCUUUGCGUUUUCACAGUGAGCAGUCCACAGAGAAAAGAAAGAAACGCUACAGUGCUGGAGACAGCUUUGACGGCGUCCCUUCACCUCUCACCCCAAUUGAGCCAGACUCUGAUGCCUCCUCUGUCUUUUCUGACAAAUCAAGUCCUACAUCACCUCAGAAAGAAGGAUUAGUAAGCAAGUUUUUACACACAUCAGCCUCUCCUGCCACAACCUGCGGUAAGCCGGGCAAACCUACCAGCCCCACUGCUCACAACGAAAGAGAGAAAGCCCUUUUCAAGCCGCCACUCUACCGAAGACCAGCAACAUCACCCAAACCCUCUGGAUCCACCCCAACACCUCCUCCUUCUCCGCUGCCUAAAGUACCCCACAGGUUCCCCUGUGAGGAUGUGAUCCAGAGGACAGGGAGCCCAGAUUCAUCUGUACAAGAGCAAACAGAUAGAAGCGAGGAACCAGUGGCCCAGCUGCACAGAGGGAGCUACAUUCAUGUCCAAGGAGAGGAGGAACCAAAGGAGAAGAGGUCUUUCUUCCCUUCCAUCAACAUCCCGUGGAGAGAGAAGUCAGAUAGGAAGGCAGAGCUCAUCAGGCGAGAAAAACCUUCCUUACAGGCCAGACACUCACUGGACAGCGCAAAGGUCCAAGAAAAAGAAGCUGGGCCCUUAUGGAUAACUCUGGCUCUGCAGAAGCAGAAAGGUUUCAGGGAGCAGCAGCAGACCCGCGAAGAGCGUCGAAGCCAAAGAGAAGCCAAGCUAGCAGAGAAGCAAGCCAGAGAGAGGCACGGGAUUGGGCUGGUGAGUCCAACAGGGGGCAAAGAGAGCUGGGGCACCAGUCCCUCCUUUAAACCUCAGAUACCUGGGGAGCCCAAGAGACCCGACAGCCUGCUGGGACGGCUCGAGCGCAGAGAUCCUCUGAAAAAGGCCAGCACCUUACCGAGCUCAGUCACAGUUGAAAUCUCCGACUCAACACCGUCACCACCUGCUGUCAAGGAUGUGUCAAAGCGUUUUCCCUCCAGCGAUUCUCCCCAGGUGUCCACAGAGCCGGCCUGGCUGGCACUAGCAAAACGAAAGGCCAAAGCCUGGAGCGACUGUCCGCAGAUCAUCAAGUAAACACUCCGGACGCCAUUUUAACAAAGCAUGCAUUGAGAACGCAUGCUCCCCAUGGAGCCAGAGGACCGCCUUCUCCACUCAUGAAAACCCCUGACACACACUGGCUGCUAUAACUACCAUGUUAAAAGUGUGCUUCAGUUUCAAAUAUUCCAGUAAAGCUGC